AUUCUGUGAAAACAAGUCAAGCAAAAGUCACGCAUCAACAAUGGAAAACUCGCAAAUAUUUGUGUUGUCAUAAACACACUCAUUUCAACAAAAUUUUAAGCAAAAAUAGCAAACAGCAAUUAUAUUCAAUUAUCACGCCUGUAAUUUUAACAAUCUUACAUCGAAUUACUAUUUCUCUUCCAAGAAACAACGACUGUCGAAUUUUAUUUAUCUCCUGAGAAUUUUUAUAUUUUGAUUUUAUUUUUAUAUAGCAGAGAUGACACAAGUGAAUUCAAUUCCUGUGUUUGUAUACCCACAUUCUCUUAAAUUUAUAUUGAAUGGGAGGGCAAACCAUAAACAAUUAAUGACUCUUUACAACCCAUUUGAUUUUCCGAUCAAGUUCAAGAUCUCAUGUACUGCACCCAGUAAGUACACACUCUCUGACCCUGAUGGAUACAUUGCAGCUAAAAGUUCUUUCGAUAUAGUCAUAAAACAUUUGGUACCGGCCAUUUCAAAUUGUGGUACGGUUGACAAAUUUCGGGUUUUCAUUGCUGACUCAAAAACUCAGAAGAUAACUGGGAGACAGGACAUAGAUACUAUUCUCUUAGAAUAUGACGAUGAUGGUAUUAUGGAAAAUCAAAGAGAUUUUCAUAGUAUCAAUAAAGCAUCUGAUUCAAGUAAAUCAAGAGACAUAAGUAGAGGAAGGGAUCAGUUCGUGAAUAACGAUAUCAACAAAACAAUGAAGUCAUUCGUUUUGUUUGUUACAGCUGUAGCAAUGGUGGCAUUGUUAAUGCUACCAUUGAAGGACGUUGAUGAACCAAACCAUUUGGUACCUGAUUACUUAUAUUUAAGUUCUUCAUCAAAAAUUGGUCUCGCAUUUUUGGUAGGUGCAAUAUCAACCUAUUAUUUAUUCUCAUUUCAUGAACGCUCUCAGACUGUUAAUGUGAUAUAUGAUGAUAAAAAAUGAUAAAAUACAUUUUUUAUUUCUGGGAAGUUUACUUCUUACGUUUUAGGGCUGCAGUACUCAACCUUUUUUUUUGCAGUUUUCAUGGCUAGUGUCACUAUUCAUCCAAUUAAAGUGUACUUACCACAAUUAUUUAAAUUAAAUGCAGCCUUUGUCAGAUGUGGAACACAAAGGAAAAAUAUUUUGAGUACUGCUGCUCUAGAGCCCCAAAAUAAUAGAUUCGUUCAAUCUAAUAUUUUUGAUUCUUCUUGAUAUUAAAGAGAAAAAGCACUGACAA